UGUUGCAUCGAUCUUGGGCUUGGCUCUAUUCUGUUUCCCCUCUUGUGACUCGUACAGCAAUCGCCUGACGUCCUCACCUCACUCCCACCUGAUCUUGUUCAGGAUGGCAAGGUUGUCUCAGUGCUCUCCCACAUUGCUAGCCUAACCAGCUGGUUCGAGGGUAGAACUAGUGACCUUAUUCUAGCCUCUUGGUUGGGCUUGGCUUGUGCUUGUUUGUAAAUUGUUGUGACCAAUCAGCCAAGUCGUAGAUUCCGAGGGCCUUAAUCGCGACGCGUCACUGACGAAUGGCCUCGUUUGGAGUUCCCACUCGCUCGACGUCAGUUACUUCUACAUCGGGAGCGUCAGCCGGGCUGCUGUCCAUCUCAUCGUCACCAAUCUCCUCCCUCCACCGUAGCUCAGCAGCAACCGUUCCUCCAUCCCUUCCCAGAUGGUCUCACUCCUCCAUCUUCAUGGGUCGCCCUGUCCAGAUCGGCAGCGCGCCCGCCGGCGGGAGCAGCAGCGGGGGAAGCGGGGGCUAUUCCCGCCAUUACCCGCCCAAUCGCGGGCCGCUGGUGGAUCUGGCGCGCGCCGUGUUGAAUAAAUCCAGCAGCAGCGGGAGCGGGAGCAGCAGCGGCAGCGGCAGCAACAACGGCCCUGGCGGAAGCAACAGCAACGACGGGGGCGUUGGCGGGGCUAGCAGCAACACCAACGGCAACGCGGGGAACAGCGGGGGGAUUGGGAAAUUCGGGAAGCCGGGGAACGGCAGCGCGGGGAACUGGGCGUCGCUGCCCGCAGCUCACUCCCGCGCCCAGCCGCAGCACAACGAGCCGUCGAAGCCGCAAUGGCAGAGCGUGGGGGAGGCCACCCGCGCAGUUCUAGAGCGCCUAUUCGCGCAGGCGCAGCGGUACGAGGAGCGGACGGAUAGCCCUGCGUUUUCGGAGGAGACAGAAUUGGAGGAGGCGGUAGGGCAGCUCGAGGCGGACGUAGUAGACGUGCUCGAGUCGCUAAGGCGCAAGGAGAAGGACCUGAUUAAGGCGGAGGAGAGUCUACGAGAGGAGGAGCGCGAGGUGCAGGUUUCGCGCUCCGCGCUCAUCCAGCGCGAGCGGGAGUUCGAGGCCGUGCGCAUGGCGCAAGCGGGGAAGCGCAGCGAGCUCGCCCACGCGCGCGGGCAGCUGGGGACCCAGCGGGAGGAGCUCGAGCGGACGGUCGGGCUGCUGCGGGAGCGGGAGAAGGAGCUCGCGCGCGUGCGCCUGCAGCUCGGGGAGAAGGAGGACGAGGUGCGGAGAGUGCGCGCGGAAGCCGCCAGGCAGGGGGAAGCCAUGGACAGCGUCGGCGCGGCGCUCGCCGCGAACCAGGUGGAGCUAGCGGAGGUAGAGGCGGAGGCGGAGAAGCGGCGCAAGGAGGUAGCGUCGCUGCGCGAGCUGUUGAAGCAGCAGCGGGACGAGCUUGCGGCGGUGGAUGCGGACCUUGAGGGGAAGAAGCGCAGGCUUUCCGCCACGGAGGAGGACCUCUCCACCCGCGCGGUAGCGCUCCACGCGGCGCAAGGGGAACUGCAGCUCUUGCGCCAGCAGCUGCGCCGAGUCACCUCCGCGGGAUCGUCCGCGUCCCUGGAGCUCGACCGCGCAACGGUUCUCCUGCGCGACGCAGAGGCGGAACUCGCGGCGUCCCGGGCAGCGGUGCGCCGGUUCCGCGACGAGGUGGCGGACCAGGAGACGGAGUUAGAGGCGAAGGAGGAGGAGGCGGGGCGGCUCGUGUCGCUCCUUAAAAAGCGGGAGGACGAGCUUGCGCGGGUGCAGAAAGAGGCGGCCAAGGACCGCGCGGAGCUGCACGCUGCGCGCGCGGCUUUCGCCGCCGCGGAGUCGAAGCUGGCGGAGCAAUCUCGCGCGGUGACGGUGCUGGAAGGAGAACUCCUGGCGGAGCGCAAGCGCGCGGAAGAAGCCUCCGCGGAGAUCUCCGCGCUGCGCAAGGAGGUCCGCCAGACGAGUGCGGCGCUCUCCGACGCGCAGCUGGCGCUGCAACUCCGUGAGGCGGAGCUGCUCACCGCGCGGCUGGAGCUCCAAGCCGCGCAAUCCGACCUCGCGGCGGCGCAGGCCGACGCGCGCGCGAAGACGCAGGAGCUGGAAGAAUCCGGCCGCGCGGUCGCAACUCUACGGCGCGAGCUGCUGCUCUCGCGGAAGGUCCUGGCGGAGCGGGAAGCGGAGGUCACGGCGGUGGCGGAAAAGCUCAAAGAGCGCGAGGAGGCGCUGGAGAUAGUCGGCUCGGACCUGCAGAAAUCGCGGAUUAAGCUGAGCGAGGCGGAGACGGUGGUGGAGCAGAUCGCGGGGCUGUCGCGGCUGCUGGUGGAGACGGCAGCGGGCGGGCUGAACGCGCCCGUGGUGACGGAGGGGUCGGUGCUUGCGCAGGCCAACUAUGAGUUGUUUGCGACGAACCGGUGCCUGCUGGAGCGAGAGGUGCAGCUGCAGGAGAUGCAGGACAAGGAGGCGCGCGAGGCGAUGGCGGGGCAGCGCCUGCUGGCGGAGCUUGACGCGGUGCGCGAGUGUCUGCGCGAGAAGGAAGUGGAGCUGGAGGUGGCGCGCCUGGCGCUGGCGGACCGCGAUUUGGCGCUCUCCGCGCUGCAGCAGCGCUGGGCCCAGCGCGAGGCGCAGCUGCAGCGCGUGCAGGGGGAGCUGGUGGAGGGCGCGCAGGAGAUCGCCGCGCUGAGGGAGUACGCGCGCGCCAACGGGCUCGUCUCCGCCGCCGCGGAGGCGGCUGCGGCGGCGGCGCAGGCGGGCGCGCCCAAGGCGUUCAAGGAGGAAGCUGCCGUGACGAAACUAGAGCUGGAGGUGGCGAAGGUGGAGGUGGAGACGGCAGUGGCGGCUCUUAAAGCCCUGGCGGAUCUCAGCACGGAGCUCACCACUGGCUGUGGGGACGUAGCCACCGCAGCAGCAGGCGUUUCAUUCACAGGAGCGGCGAACGGCGCUGCUGAUGCUGCUGCUGCCGCGUCCGUUCGAGCUGCGCUUCUGCCCUCUGCACAGACACGAGCCCACUCAUCUGCAGCACCACCUGCAGCAGCAGCAGCAGCACAAUCAGGGCCUGCAACAUCAACGUCUACAAACGGCGCAGCAGCAGCAGCAGCAGCAGCAGCAGCAGGACAAGGUGGGGGAGCAGCAGGUGAAAAAGCAGCAGCAGCAGCAGCGGCAGCAGCAGUGGUGCCAACGGUGGCGCCAGCAGCAUUGGAUGACAUGGAGCGGCAGCUGAGGGACAAGGACGCGGCCCUGGACCUCGCUCGCUCCGCCAUGCUGUCGCUCACACGCCUCACCCGCCGCCUUGUGCACGAUGCUGCCUCCGUGGCUGCUGACGCCGGCUGGCCCUGCGACGACGCCCCCUCCUCCUCCUCCUCCUCCUCGUCCUCCUCGUCCUCCUCGUCCCCCUCGUCCUCGCCCUCAGGCUCGGCUGACUCGGGGUUCAAUCUGGAUGGUGCUGCUGCGUGAGCCGGGACUGUGAUGCAGUGACUCAUGCGGGUUUAAUGAAGCAAUUUCAGAGUGACAGGCUCAGGCCUGGAUGGGUGGGGCACUGGUGCCUGCCUGCCUGCAAGGGGUUCUACUGGAGGGUGCCUGAGCUGAAGUGACUUGACUUCCUCCUGUCCUGUCCCGUCCCGUCACGUCACUUGAGUUGUGUUGGCCCAGCUGCUGUGUGUGUUGUGCAGCAUGGGAUGGGAUUAGGUGCAUUGAGGGGUGCAGUUCAGUUUCGGUGGUUGGGAAGUUGGAGGGGAGUGGAGUGGAGGAGAGCUAGCAGUGUGUUGGGCUUGGUUGGAACUGGAAGAGGGGGCACAAAUAUACGACCGGUGAGAUUUGAUUAGCGUACCUGUAAUACGCGGCGAAAACUGGAAAUAUGCGGUGAUGUUUUUUUAUUUCUUUCCUGCUUUGUCGGUAUAGUCUAAGGGGGUGUUGCUGUAAGUGGUCUCCGCUGCUGGAGCAAAGCUUCUUAUGGGGUGUAGUUGUGGAUUUAAGUUGUAAGUUCCAGAUUUGAUGAAGAACGUAAUGCCAUUACAGUAAGCGAUUUGGCAA